AUGGCCAACCCCAGAGUCGAGGAGCUUCCCGACGACGAGACCCAGCGUCCCACCGUCGACCAGAACGACAGCAGCGACGAGUCCGACGUCGAGGAGGGCGAGGCCAACCUGCCCGCCGGCUCGACUGCCGUCGUCCACUCUCGCAACGAGAAGAAGGCCCGCAAGGCCCUCGAGAAGCUGCACCUCACUCGCGUGCCUGGCAUCACCCGCGUCACUCUCCGCCGCCCGAAGAACAUCCUCUUCGUCAUCAACAACCCCGAGGUCUACAGGUCCCCCAACAGCAACACCUACAUUGUCUUUGGUGAGGCCAAGAUGGAGGACAUCAACGCCACCGCCCAGGCCGCCGCCGCCCAGCAGAUUGCCGCCCAGGCUGCUGCUGACGGUGGUGAGCAUGCCGGCCACGACCACGCCGGCCACAGCCACGCCCAGGACGGUGAUGCCAAGAAGGAAGAGGAGGAGGAGGAUGACGAUGAGGAGGUUGACGCUGAGGGUAUUGAGGAUAAGGACAUCGAGCUGGUCAUGACACAGGCCAGCGUCAGCCGCAACAAGGCCAUCAAAGCACUCAAGGAAAACGACAACGAUAUUGUCAAUUCCAUCAUGGCUCUCAGUAUCUAG